AUGCCGGUUGAGUUCCUUAUUCGGGAUAACCAAGGAACACGUGACUUGCCGGAUGCCGCAGAAAGCAUUCGUUUCGCAAGAGAAUUGAUUGAGCAGGAGGGUAUUGUCGCAUUGCUGGGUCCCCUUUUCUCAACCAAUUCCGAGCAGGUUGGUCCCGUUGUUACCCAGCUGCGCCGUCCCAUGAUUCCUGCUUCGUCUGGUCAGAAUGUGACGACUGUUGGUGGCAAGUUUGUUUUCCUUAUUGUUGCACCAUCGUCAGCACAGGCGGCAACAAUGGCAGAAUUUGUGACGAAGGAGGAUGAGCUUAAUAUGAAAACCGCUGCAAUUUUACUGCAAACUGACGAUGUCUACUCGGCGAAUAUCGCUGGUGCUUUUGAGGAGAAUUUGCUGAAAUCCGGUGGAGAGAUUGUCGGGAACGAAGUCUAUCAACGUGGGGAUCGUACCUUUGACGCGCAGUUGAUGAACAUUAAAGCGGCAGCCCCAGAUGCUCUGUUUAUCUCCGGUUUUAAUCCAGAGGCGCCGUUGAUAAUGGCGCAAGCCAGAGGGAUGGGAAUUGAGUCUAUCUUUAUUGGCGGCGAUGGAUGGGAUGAACCUGAGAAACUUCUCGGCACCUUAGACGACAACGCGCCAUUGGAGGGAUCUUAUUUCAUCAGAGAUUUUAGCACAGAAUCCGCGGAGGCAGCACCGUUUGUACAAGCUUACACAGCAAUGUUCAUGAUGCCUCCAGAUGGUCCCGCAGCUUGGGGCUACGAUGCGAUGUCGGUAUUGGCUAUCGCAAUGGAAAAUGCAGGAACCCUGGAACCUGAUGCGGUUCGGGAUGCCUUAGCCAAUAUUACGGAUUAUCAAGGCGCAUCUGCUAUUGCCGGAUACGAUGAAGAUCGCACCCUAUUAAAAGCGUUGCAAUUCACACAAUUCGUAAUGGGCAGAUAG